AUUUAUUCUACAUUUUCGUUCGUAUAACAACCUCGCAGGAAUAUCCUAUACUAACAAGAAACAUUAUGGCAGCCAAAACCAUAUCGUUGUUGAUGGCGUUGUCGGCGACUGUGGCACUCGUGUCCGGUUCACCUCCGCCGUUCCAAGAGAGAAAAGCAGUGGUCGUACUCAGGGGACCGGGUCAGGUCACCGGUAACGUGACGUUCACUCAGUCAAGCCGAGGCGGUCCGGUAACCGUGACCGGAAUGGUAUCCGGUCUGACCGAAGGAUCCCAUGGAUUCCACGUGCACGAGAAAGGAGACAUGAGCAACGGAUGCAUAUCCACCGGAUCGCAUUUCAACCCACAAGGGCUCAAACACGGCGGUCCCGGUGACGAAACCAGGCACGCCGGCGACUUGGGCAACAUCCAGGCGGACAACACUGGAGUGGCUCAAUUCUCAUACCAGGAUAAACUGAUCUCGCUGGUGGGAGCCCACAACAUAUUGGGACGUGCCGUUGUAGUACAUGCCGACACCGACGACUUGGGACGUGGAGGAUUCACCGACAGUCUGGCCACAGGGCACGCCGGUUCCCGGGUAGCCUGCGGAGUCAUCGGCAUCCUAGACCCAGCAACGCCGUGGGAUAAGUCAUCCGGUCAUAAGAACUCAGUCUCGCACGUCCUCACACUGACUGCCAUCGCAGCUGCCACAACCUUCGCCAUGUCGUUGAGGAGUGUCUAAAACUUUUCGACCAAAAACGUACACGACCAACUAUGUUAUAAUAUUAUUAUUAUUAAACUUGUCUAUUUAUAAUAAUAUACCGGCAUACAUGUAUUAGAAUCACCUACACAUUACAAGCCCAUAUAUACACAUAUACAUUAAGUUAAUAAUUAUUAUAUGCUAAAGUUUUAGACGACGUGACAGUGUACUUUGCCAACAACAUUUUCCUUGUCAGGUGGGAGUUUUCAAUUAAAGUUUUUUAAACACUAACGAUAUAACAUGAUUUAAAAAGUAAAAAAUAAAAAUAGUAGCACAUUACAUAGAUGACAAUUUUUUCCCCCUUUAUUUUAUUAACCAAAAAGUGAUUUUCAUUCUGUAAUUUUUUUUUUUUUUACAUUCAUAUGUGAUAAUAUUUAUUAUUUUGUAAUAUUAUUAUUAUUAGACCUAUAAUUAUUAUUAUUACUACUAUUAAUAUUAUUAUUAUUAUUACCUAAUUUUAGCUGCAACGUUUAACGUUAAACCGUUGUAAAUAUUAUAGUAAUCGCUUAACAUAAUAUAUUCUCGAGGGUUUUUAUUUAUUUAUUUAUUUUACAACUGAUAUUUUUAAUUUUUGUCUGUAGGUGUAAUUAAAACGCUUAGUGCUUAAGCUUUAUGUUCUUUUACUUAUAAAACAACUAGUAGGUAAAUAUUUUGUAUAAGUAAGGCGUAAAAAAUAACAUACACAUUAAUUUUACCCGCUAAAUGUAAACAGUUAAGCUUUUAUUAUCAUUAUUAUUUAAUUAAUAAUAUCACAUUACUCUAUGCAUAAUAUUUAAUUUUAACGCAUGUACAACUCGAUCAAUGAAUAAUAUUCGUUUCUUGUAUUACAUACUUUUAAAGUGUAAUGAUAAUUUAUUAUUAUAGGCCUAUUAU